CCCAUGCAGGCGAUCAGUGAGAGAGAGAGCUUGGGAGUCACAGCUAAGCAGCCAGGCAUUGUGUGAACCGGCUGGGAGGCACACUGGGUGUUUAUUUGUGGCCUCACACGUGGGGUGAAUGAGGUUAAUGUUACUGUGCUGUACCUGGAGCGAAGAACACAUGGGAGAGGAGGAAGGUAAUGAGUUGCCAGUAUGCGCCAGUUGUGGACAAAACAUUUAUGACGGCCGUUACUUGCAAGCCCUGGAAUCUGAUUGGCACGCUGACUGCUUCAGGUGCAGUGACUGCGGAGUGUCCCUGUCUCACCGGUACUAUGAGAAGGAUGGCAGGCUGUUCUGUAAGAAGCACUACUGGGCACGGUUUGGUGGGAUGUGUCAUGGCUGCUCCGAGCACAUUACUAAGGGUCUGGUCAUGGUAGCCGGUGAACACAAGUAUCACCCAGAAUGCUUUAUCUGUGCUCGCUGUACCGCGUUUAUUGGAGAUGGGGAAACGUAUGCACUGGUGGAAAGGUCUAAACUUUACUGUGGGCCUUGUUAUUAUCAGUUUGCAGUCACUCCUGUGAUAGACUCUCCAACUUCUCGCUCUCCUCACACUGUGACACUGGUGUCUCUACCAGCCUCAGAUGGCAGGCGCGGUCUGUCAGUUUCCAUAACACCAUCCUGUGCCGAGCAUUCUCAUACUGUACGAGUCCGAGAGGUUGAUGCUGAUUGCCUAAGCCCAGAUGUCCAAAGUAGUAUUCAUAUUGGAGACCGAAUUUUGGAAAUAAACGGCACGCCCAUUCGCAGUGUCCCUCUGGAUGAGAUUGAUGUCCUGAUACAAGAGACCAGUCGCCUCUUGCAACUGACCAUUGAACAUGAUCCCCAUGAGACACCCACUAUGCCCACCCCCUGCACAGAGACUGUAGUCAGACGCCAGAGGCCUGUCACACGUAGCUGCAGUAUAGACAGAUCGCCCGGAUCAAGCUGUGUUGGUUCCCCUGCCUGCCCUCGCAGGGACAUGUGCCGAUCUGAGUCUGUGCGAGGUGUCACUGGCUCUCAUCGUAUCUUCCGGCCUUCAGACCUAAUUCAUGGGGAGGUGCUUGGAAGGGGCUGCUUUGGACAGGCGAUUAAAGUUACUCAUCGUCAGACUGGGGAAGUGAUGGUCAUGAAGGAACUGAUAAGGUUUGAUGAGGAGACACAGAGAGACUUCCUUAAAGAAGUGAAGGUUAUGAGGUGUCUAGAACACCCAAAUGUGCUAAAGUUUAUUGGUGUGCUUUACAAAGACAAAAGGCUGAAUUUUAUCACAGAAUACAUCCCAGGAGGAACAUUGCGCAGGGUCAUAAAGUCUAUGGAUGCUCAGUAUCCAUGGAAUAAGAGAGUCAUUUUUGCUAGAGAUAUUGCUGCAGGAAUGACAUACCUUCAUUCUAUGAAUAUAAUACACCGUGACCUAAACUCUCACAACUGUCUUGUGCGUGAGGAUGGGAGCCUGGUGGUUGCAGACUUUGGACUUGCUCGUUUGGUUGAUGAAGCUAGAGACUUGCGUAAAGACCGAAAAAAGCGUUACACUGUAGUGGGAAACCCAUACUGGAUGGCACCAGAGAUGAUAAAUGGAAGAAGUUAUGAUGAGUCUGUCGAUGUAUUCUCCUUUGGGAUAGUGCUCUGUGAGAUUAUUGGGCGAGUUAGCGCUGACCCAGAUUAUCUUCCUCGUACUAUAGAAUUUGGGCUGAAUGUCUCUGGCUUCUUGGACAGAUAUUGCCCCCCGAAUUGUCCUAAAGGCUUUUUUCCUACUGCUGUAUUGUGCUGUGAUCUGGACCCUGAGAAACGGCCAAGCUUCUCGCAGCUGCAGCUUUGGCUGGAUUCUCUUCUCAGGCACUUGACACUGCAGCUGCCUCUCAGUUCACAUCUGGAACAACUGGAGCGGAACUUUUGGGAAGUUUAUCGUAGGGGAGAAAGUACCCUGCAUGUGCACCCUGAACUUCCAGAAUAACACCAGUCAAGAAACCGAUAGCUCAACAGAAAAUAGAUCUCCCAGAUUGUGUGUGGGGGAACCAUCAUACUGCUUACCUUGCACGGAGUGGGAAAGCUACCCACAUCCCAGUUUCAUAAAGGAGACCAGAUGACUAAGAACUGAUGGGAUGCUUAGAGAGGUCACAGAGAAACAUUAAGGGUAUUCCAAAGAUACAGAGUUCUAGAUGCAUUGAGUGCCUACUGUGGUCUGUUGGUUUUGUAAUGGUUCUUAUUGGCUUAUUGUCUGUAAUUAAAUUAUUUUUUUAGUGUGACACUGUCUAAAGCCCUGAAGGAACCAGUACAAAUUGUUUAGUGGUUUAGCUUCAUUACACAAUCACUCCCCUCCCUGCAUGGCUCCUCUGUCUCUUGACUUUUCUGCAAAGGAGCAUCCUGCACCUUGUGUAUAUAACUGUAUAUUUAGACUGUGCAUAAUUUUGUGUACAUAGCAUCCAUAAUGUCUGUAACAUUUUGCAUUUCACCUGUGCCGAUCUUGUUCUUGUUGCCAAUAAGAGCCUCAUCUUUUCUCUACCUACCCUUUGUGCAUUCGAAGAGUUCAAGCGAAUGUGAAUGCACAGGGUCAAACAACAGCAAAGAAAUGCUGUGAAGUGUUAGUGUCUUACUAGUAUAUAUGCAUUAUGCAUCAGCUCAUACUGGUCGAUCACACUUUACAAUCAUUUAAGUUAAGGUACGUAUCUUAUGACACAUUUAGCACUUAAAGAUAGGUUAGUAUCCAUUACAAACCACCAGCAUUCAAUUGCCCAAAAACUAAAGUUGUAGGUGGUUCUUUUUAAGACACAUACACUGAAUGUGAAUCAGCUUGCUCCAAGCAAUCUAUGUAACAUAACUUAAGAAAUUAUUAUACAUCUCUUUUAUUUUUAUAGGGAAUGUUUUUAAUUUUGGGCAAGAUAAUAUAUUUUAUAUGGAGCAUGCCAUUGAAUGCUUUAACCACACGCUUAUAGUGUGUUUGUGGAAGAUGACUUCCAUCAACAUCAAUGACUUUAAGAUCAAUACCAAAUUAUUAGAUUUAUUCAAAAUAAAAAUAGAUUUGCUUCACAGUCAUAUUAUAAGAUAAUUUGUAGAAUUCUAAUAGGGUUCCCAGUUUGUAAAGCUAAUCGAUUUGCUACUUUUUAAGAGUUCACUUCAUGUUCAUCUUUGAUAUCUUCAUUGUUCGUACAGCAGACUUUUUUGCACUUUUUUUUGGCCUUUGUCGAUAAAUAUGAAAUUUCACUUCUGCCUUAUAUAUUCUCAUUUAACGUAUACGAACUCAAAUUAAAGAAGUCUUUUUUUUUAAUAAUUCUUAAGUUAGCAACACAUUUUUACUAACAUUUGCCUUUUAUGGUAAAAAUGUUUUGGUUGCAAAAUAUAUAUUUCUGCAUUUUCCUGAGUGUUAUGAUGUUUGUUAUAUCCAAAGAUAUAUUCUACAAGAGUAUAGUACAUAAAUGCUUCAGCCCAUUUUAGCUUGUUAUCUGUAAUCUGUUUUUCAAUUAUAUAUAUAUAUAUAUGCAGACAUAUUUGUGACAACUGACUCAAACUAGAGGGGACAAUCACAAUUAAUAUUCCCUUUUCUUCUUUUGUGAAGUGGACUUUUAAUCUUUUUGGUUUUUUUGUCAGACGACUUUGGCAUAUUUAAUGUACCUUAUCAGUUUUCUGAAGUUCCAGAAAAAAAAACUGCAGGUUGUAUUUUAGUUGCUAUUAUAGAUUGUGAAACCUUAAUAAAAAAAAAGCCAUAAAUAUA